CGUCCCCCGCCGCCGCCGCGAUGGAGGCCAGCCUGAAGAAGUUCACCGUGCGGAGGUUCUUCUCCGUCUACCUCCGCGGGAAAUCGCGCUCCAAGAGUUCGACUUUCGGCCGCUUCGAGGAAGAAGGUAUUGUGAAGGAAAUAGACAUCAGCCACCAUGUGAAGGAAGGGUUUGAGAAGGCUGACCCAUCGCAGUUUGAGUUGCUGAAGGUAUUAGGGCAAGGCUCCUAUGGAAAGGUGUUUCUGGUGAGGAAGAUCAAAGGAUCUGAUGCCGGGCAGCUUUAUGCCAUGAAAGUCCUUAAGAAAGCCACCCUGAAAGUUCGGGAUCGGGUACGAUCGAAAAUGGAGAGAGACAUUUUGGCAGAAGUGAAUCACCCAUUCAUUGUCAAGCUUCAUUAUGCCUUUCAGACAGAAGGAAAACUCUAUCUGAUAUUAGACUUCCUACGGGGAGGGGACCUGUUCACCAGACUUUCCAAAGAGGUGAUGUUCACCGAGGAGGAUGUCAAGUUCUACCUAGCAGAGCUGGCUUUAGCUUUAGACCAUCUUCAUGGUCUGGGAAUCAUUUACCGGGACCUCAAGCCUGAAAACAUCCUGCUAGACGAAGAGGGACACAUUAAGAUUACAGAUUUCGGUCUGAGUAAGGAGGCCAUUGACCAUGACAAGAGAGCGUAUUCGUUCUGCGGAACAAUUGAAUACAUGGCUCCCGAGGUGGUCAACCGAAGAGGUCACACGCAGAGUGCAGACUGGUGGUCCUUUGGUGUGCUGAUGUUUGAGAUGCUGACGGGAUCACUGCCAUUUCAGGGGAAGGACAGAAAGGAGACAAUGGCGCUCAUCCUCAAGGCCAAACUAGGGAUGCCUCAGUUCCUGAGCCUGGAAGCCCAGAGUUUGCUGCGAGCACUCUUCAAAAGGAAUCCCGCCAACCGCCUAGGAGCUGGACUUGAUGGAGUGGAAGAAAUUAAGCGACAUCCAUUCUUUGUUACCAUAGAUUGGAACACGCUGUACCGGAAAGAGAUCAAGCCACCCUUCAAACCUGCAGUCGGGAGGCCUGAAGACACCUUUCAUUUUGAUCCUGAAUUCACAUCCCGGACCCCUACAGAUUCUCCCGGAGUCCCUCCGAGUGCCAACGCGCACCAUCUGUUUAGAGGAUUCAGUUUUGUGGCCUCAAGCUUGGUCCAGGAGCCCUCCCAAGCCGAUCUGCACAGAGUCAGCGUCCACCCAAUUGUGCAGCAACUACAUGGGAACAACAUUCACUUUACAGAUGGCUACGAGAUCAAGGAGGACAUCGGUAUCGGCACCUAUUCAGUGUGCAAGCGAUGUGUGCAUAAAGCUACUGAUGCCGAGUACGCUGUGAAGAUCAUUGAGAAGAGCAAACGUGACCCUUCUGAAGAAAUUGAGAUUCUCUUGCGGUACGGACAGCAUCCAAAUAUCAUCACUCUAAAGGAUGUCUAUGACGACGGGAAGUAUGUGUACCUCGUGAUGGAGCUGAUGCGGGGGGGCGAACUCUUGGACCGAAUCCUGCGGCAGAAAUACUUCUCUGAGAGAGAGGCUAGCGCCGUGCUUUGCACCAUCACGAAGACUGUGGACUAUCUGCAUUCCCAGGGGGUCGUCCACCGAGAUCUGAAGCCCAGUAAUAUCCUGUACACGGACGAGUCAGGAAACCCAGAUUCCAUCAGAAUCUGUGACUUUGGAUUUGCCAAGCAACUGAGAGCCGAGAACGGGCUGCUGAUGACACCCUGCUACACGGCUAACUUCGUGGCUCCGGAGGUGCUGAAACGGCAAGGCUAUGAUGCGGCAUGUGAUGUCUGGAGUUUGGGAAUCCUUCUGUACACCAUGCUGGCGGGAUUCACCCCAUUUGCAAAUGGACCCGAUGACACACCCGAGGAGAUCCUGGGGAGGAUUGGCAGUGGGAAAUACCCCCUUUCUGGGGGAAAUUGGGAUUCGGUGUCGGAUGCUGCCAAGGAUGUCGUGUCCAAGAUGCUCUAUGUGGAUCCCCAUCAGCGUCUAACAGCCGUCCAAGUUCUGAAACACCCAUGGAUUGUCAACAGGGACUACCUGUCUCAGAGCCAGCUCAGCCGGCAGGAUGUCCACCUGGUGAAGGGCGCCAUGGCCGCAACUUAUUUUGCUUUAAACCAAACCCCUCAGGCUCCGAGGCUGGAGCCUGUGUUGUCCUCCAACUUGGCUCAGCGGAGAGGCAUGAAGAGACUGACCUCCACGAGGUUGUAGCAGGUGAGCCCCGGGCCCCCGGUUGCACGUUCCCCCGCUUCUCCCCAGAGAGAGGCAGCGGAUCCUCGGCUGUUGGACCUCAGAUGCCACGCUCCCGUCUUGCUGGACUCCCCAGAGGCCCCCCGGAAAGGCAGCACGACCCCGGACCUCGGUUCGAUUUUCCGGCCCCACCCGCGGGGCCGACAGGAAUCUGGCCAGGUCAGCGGGACCUUCGAGAUGCUGUACGUCCUUCAUCCUAUGUCUGUGAACCCGUUUCCCUACAUGUCCCAGGCGGCAGCCCGGACGCCGCUUUGUUUUCAACUGCCAAGUGUGCAGUUGAUUCCCCAAGUUGCCGCUCUGCCGGCUCCGCGGAACCCAGCACCGAUCGACAGGCCCUGAUCUUCAUUGCGGAAGCCCAAAGGUAACUCCCGUGAUUCCCAGGCGUUCCAGACUGGACACUAAGCCAAGCUCCAAGAGUGGACACAUGUUGGGAUUCAUCCAAAUCUAAAGCGUUUGGCUUUCUUCCCCAGUUCCCUAGACUCGAACGAGAUUGUAAUAUGUUGCUUCUCUCUCCUCUGCAAAAGAAGAUUCUAUUCCCCUCCCCUACCCAGUCAAGCUCACGUUACUUAGAAGACAAGAACAUCUAUGCCUUGGCGACUAGAUUUUACAAGGCGGGAGAAGACUAAGCAAGACCUUUUUUCUCCUCUUUCUCUAAGAAAAUUGGUCGUGUGUGUGUGUGUGUGUGUGUGUAUGGAGGGGGGAGCAGGUGUACACUGGAUCAAAGGAUAUGUUAGUGUUGCAUUUUGCUAUCUUUUCCUGUCUCCUUGGAGCCCACAAGAAACACGAAAUCUAAUUAAGAUUUGGAGGGUUUUUUCCCCCAGAAUGAAAUUUUCCCAUCACCUGCUUUUUUCAGAAGGCGAUGUUUGUUUUCAUGUGCUUCUCAAGGAAAAAACUGCGAAUGUUGAGCUUGGUUACUCUAUAGGUUCUGUUUCCGUCAAGCAAGUGGCCUCUUGGAGGCUCCCUGAAAUCAGUGAAGCCAGGAGGUGGGGAAGGAGAAGCCGUGUUCAUCGUAGAAAUGUACUCUGUAGGAGCAGCGUGUUUGUGUUUGAGCUGAUCUUCCUGUUAGGGAGAUCCAUUUUUAAGUCGAAGCUUGAACUUUUAGUAAUGCGAAUGAAAUUUAACGUUCGAUUUGGUGUGCCGUUCUCUGCUGGGGGUUAGGAGGAAGGUGGUCCCUCGGCCCCUUAGUCUCUGAAGAAAAAAAAGCAAUGCUAUGAAACCGUCAGGGAAGGACACGCCACCCAGCCAGGGAAACGUGGGUGUUCCUGUUCCCUGAGUGGGUCGCUCGGUUUUGCAUCUGGGCUCUGCCCAGCCUUUGGAUGGUUGCUCUACCUUUACAACCGUCUCCCCGGAAUCUGUUAAUGAAGCCACCCUCGUUGACAGGAACCCUGUCGAGGUUAGGGGAUCCUUAGAGAGACUCAAUUGUGCUUGAGUGGAGGUUCUUCUAUAUCGCGGGGGCUCGUUCUCACAGGACCCUGAGCUAAGGAAGACUCACACUGUCGUCUCUGCGACGGAAGUCAGUACGUGCACACAGCUGUUUCUUCCAACACUGCCUCCCGCCCUCUCCAGAUUGACGUGCUUUUAUUGGCGGAAUGCUACCCGCUUCCUUAACCGCAUUCUAUCUAAAAUACAGAGUGACAACAUACAUGAUGGAAGAACUAUUUCAUUGUUUUUGUCUUUCCCUCCCCACCCAAUCUCCUGUGCUCCCGAGUUCCAAAAGCAAAGCUGGGGCUCACUAGAGAAUACACGUGCCCGCUUGCCUGACUGCUUUUCAAGCUUGAAAACCCCUCCCAUUUCACAUUUCACGGCCUCUUAUUAUCCUAUUUGGAUUCUUUAGAAUGUGAAGAAUAGACAAAAAAGAUCAAGUUUUUUAUUUCCUGGAAGCUUCCCCGGGUACUCAUUGCAGUUUGACCAGCGUAUUCCUCUACAGAUUCAGAGUUUGUGCCUGCCUUGACCAAAUGCAACAUGCCUCUGUUGCUGCUUGCCCAUUGUAGGGCGGGGGUGGGAGGGCGACUGACAGACCCGGCUGCUUCUGGGCCGAACUUGGCUGCGUCUUUUUGCUCUCCUAAUUAUUAAGCCUUAUGGUAUGUACUGAGAGCUUACUCUGUGUCAAUCGCUCUGCUGAGCGCUGACUUAAAGACAGGGUAAUCGAUCGAACCCAGUCUCGGAACCCACUAGGGCCGCACAAUCUGCGAAUCGGAGAAAGCGGGGAUCUUAUCCUCAUUGGACAGUUGGGGAAACCGAGUCGCAAAGGGUUUUUUUGUUUUCACUCUUUUAAAUGACAGUCACACCGCACAUCAGUGGCAGAGUGGGGAUUAGAAUCCAGCUCUCCUAACGAAGCCCCAAGCUUCAUUCACUAGGCCACACUGCUGGGAAAUCCACACCGCAGCUGUGGAUUAGGGAGCCAGGGUGGCUGGGGCCGGGGC